UCCGGAAGUGAGGCGUUUAUUGACAAUAUGGCGUGCGGGCCAGUUGAGAUGGAACUGGAUAAUUUUCGCGUUUUCCAGUGAAUUCAGAUGUUGAUGGUCGAAGCGAAAGCUGCGAAUAUCAAUUGGUUAUGAAUGAAAGGAGACGGGAGAUCUCGGGAUGUUGUCUCUGAGCUGAACAGUUCACAGCUUCACAUUUAUCAUGUCGUUCUUCAGGCGGAAAGCUAAAGGAAAGGAACCCGAGCGACCAGCAGACCCCAAAGCCAGCAAAGCCCCAGUGUCACCACACUCCCCAUCUUUCAGUGGCCGUAAUAAUCAUGCUAUAUUGGAAGCGGCGGGGCCCAGCCAUGUGGCUAUCAAUGCUAUCUCAGCCAACAUGGACUCCUUUGCACGUGGCCGUACCGCCAUCCUCAAGAAACAGCCCAGCCACAUGGAGGCAGCGCACUUUGGAGACCUAGGUCGCUCCAGUGUCAACUACCUAGUUCAGGAGACACGUUCUCGGCUGUCCAAAACCCUAGACCAGAUCUUGCGGGAUAAUGUGGCCAUGCCCUACUUCAUUCAGCUUAUGGAGACCCGUUCGGCUGACCACCUGGUCCGCUUCUGGUUUGAGGCUGAGAGCUUUCGUUCCACCAGCUGGUCCAGGAUAAGAGCGCACAGCCUCAACACAGUCAAACAAAGCACCUUAGCUGAGCCUACAACCGCUCCGGUAUCACCCGACUCUCCGGACUCCCCCUACGACCCCGGAAGAGCAUCGGCUCUGGACGAGGAUGGAAGCGAGGACCCUUUCCCCUCCCGGACUUCCUCCAGACCCCAAACCCCCAGCCCCCAGGAUACUAACCUUACUGGGGCUCUGAUAGGGCACCGGAACUCCAUUAGCUCAGAGGGGGUGGCCCGGCCUGGUACCCCCCAGUUUCAGCCUACGUUACGGUCAGAAACACCCACCAGACAGUCCGCCUCUAGGACAGGCACUCCAGUUAAAGGCCAGACUACCGGUGGUCUGCGUGAGCUCUUGGACAAACUUAUGAAAGGUAUAGAGAGAGAUGCCGUUAGCAUUUUCACUAAAUACAUAUCUCCAGAUGCUGCUAGGCCAAUUCCCAUAACAGAACAGAUACGCAAUGACAUUGUGGCGAAAAUCUGUGGGGAGGACGGACAGGUGGACCCAAAUUGUUUUGUCAUCGCACAGUCAGUCGUCUUCACUAUCGUAGAACAACAGCACUUUAAUGAGUUCUUGCGCAGCCAUUAUUUCUGUAAAUAUCAGAUUGAGGUUCUGACCAGCGGUUCUGUGUUCCUGGCGGACAUCCUGUUCUGUGAAUCGGCCCUCUUCUACUUCUCUGAGUACAUGGAGAAGGAAGAUGCAAUGAAUGUGCUGCAGUUCUGGCUGGCUGCGGAAAAUUUCCAAGAUCAGUUGGCAGCCAAGAAUGGCCAGUAUGAUGGACAGGAGGCCCAGAAUGAUGCCAUGAUCCUUUAUGACAAGUAUUUUUCACUCCAAGCCACAAAUCCGUUGGGUUUCGGUGACUCUGUAAGAAUGGAGAUUGAAUCCAAUAUCUGUCGAGAGGGUGGACCUCUCCCAGACUGCUUCGACACUCCUUUAAGACAGGCCUGGACCACUAUGGAGAAGGUUUACAUGCCAGGGUUUCUGUCCAGCAACCUUUACUACAAGUAUUUAAGCGACCUUAUCAACUCCGUGCGGGUGGAUGAGUUUGUCGGAGGAAAUGCCAACACUCCGAGCCUGGGCUGGACCCCGGAAAGCGACCGGAACUCAAGUGUCACGGAGGGUUCGCAAGGCCAGCAAGGUACUAAAAAAGCUGCGAUCAAGAUACUGAAGAACUUCGAUGAGGCGAUAACGGUGGACAUCGCCAGUCUUGAUCCAGAAUCUCUCUACCAGAGACCAUACGCUGGAAGAAUGACCUUUGGAAAGGUGAAUGAACUGGGUCAGUUCAUAAGAGAGGCAGAGCCAGAACCAGAUGUGAAGAAGUCCAAGGGUUCCAUGUUUUCACAAGCAAUGAAGAAAUGGGUGCAAGGCGACUCGGACGAGGCUCAAGAGGAAAUGGCGUGGAAGAUUGCAAAGAUGAUCGUCAAUGAUGUCAUGCUACAGGGACAACAUGGCAGUCCUGAAGUGAAGGCAACAAAACUAUGACCCUCUCCUUCUGUGUGGAUCCCACUCGUAUACCCCCGCUGAGCCCCUCAACCUAGUGGCUGCAGACAGAAAAGGACCUGAAGAUCUAUGCUGAUUUUAACCACGUUAGCUUAUCAGUGAGGACAGACAAAAGCAUUCCGUGAUUUCCUGCAUGUUUGUGUGUGUGCGUGUGUGUGUGUAUGAGUGUGAAUGUUUGGGAUAUGGACACUAAUAGCCAAAAUGCAGUCAUGACCGCCCCAUCAUUUUGAAGCGCUCUGAAGGACUUUUGUUUAUUUUUUGAAGAGCGAACGAGCUGAACCACAUACCUAAACCAGUACACAAACUCCACAGAAUGAACUCCGAACCAGGCUUGAAGAAUAUUGAAACAAGCUGAGGAAUUUCUGCCAACCAACACGCAAUGCACAGGAACCCAAAACCUGUGUUAAGUUCAUAUUAUCUUAUUUUUUAGUUGGCAUCUCUCUUUUAUCUUUUCAUUCACUCCCUUGUUUUAAAGAACAGCUAUGAAGUUAUUAGGUCUUUUUAGUAGAAAGAAAAUGCAAAAAAAGAACUGCGAAUUUACCCAAGGUGACUAUGUACAGUUUUAUUUACAGAUUUACUGUAGGACCAUCCCGUGCUGAUGUUACAGUUGAAACUGGAAACUUUGGCCUGGUAAAUGUUCCCCCGAUUUCCCCCCUUGAAUUCAUUCUAGAACCCUCUACCGAUCUGAUUCUAGAUCAGUGCAGACUGUAGAAAUACUCCACGCAAACUGAACUGCUAGGGUAAUGUUUAUCUCCUGUAUAAAUGUGGAUUUCUGGUUUACCACCAUAUAUUAAUGUUAGUUAUUUUUAUGGUGAUUGUCUCUUUAUGUUUUUCUUCUUGAAUGAUAUGUCAAAACUCUGUCGGAGCAGAUCUCAAUGAUUACCGUUACUUUUGAACCGUGUGCUUUUCGAACAUGUUCAAGUUGUUGCUUUGGUCCUCAUUGAGAUGUGGGCAAGAAACAGGCAAAAGACUUUUGGUACUAUGUACCACUAAUAUGUUUUCUGACAUAUAUGUGUACUUAAUCUAUAAUAUAUUUAAAUGUGUUUGAUUUAAAUACAUAUAUUGUUGAAAUGUC